AUGAUCUUCGGACGGCGCUUCUUGCUGCAGACUGACCACGCUCCGCUGCUCCGAAUCUUCGGGUCCAAGAAGGGCAUACCGGUAUACACAGCCAACCGGUUACAGCGCUUUGCCCUCACUCUACUUCUGUACGAUUUUACCAUCGAGUACGUUCCCACUGAUAAGUUCGGUAACGCCGACGUGCUGUCCCGGUUGAUAAACCGACACGCGCGACCAGAUGAAGACUACGUCAUCGCCAGCAUAAUUCUCGAGCAGGAUGUUAGGUCAGUAGCAGUUGAUACAGUAGAUGCGUUGCCUCUUACUUUCAGAAACGUCGCUCGAAGUACCCAAGCUAAUCCAGUUCUCCGGAAGGUCUAUCGUUUUAUAACCGACGGUUGGCCUCAAACGAAAGCAAUCGAUCCGGAGCUAAAACGAUUCCAAGUCAGACAGGAAUCCCUCACUACCGUUGAUGGAUGCAUACUGUUCGCUGAUCGGCUCGUCAUCCCAGCUCAGUACCGCAAGCGUUGCUUAGAUCAGCUUCACAAUGGUCAUCCUGGUACACAGCGUAUGAAGGCUAUCGCCAGGAGCUACGUCUAUUGGCCAUCCAUCGACGAAGACAUCGUCGGUUAUGUGAAAACAUGUCGGCAUUGUGCAGCGACUGCCAAGUCCCCGCCUCACGCCGUCCCAGUGCCAUGA